AUGCCCGAGGACCUGUGCCAGCAAGUCAUUGACCGCAAUGUGCCGCAGUUGAUACAAUUGCUGUUGGAAUCCCCCAUCGAUGGCAAGAAGAAAGAGGGCGAUGUUGAGGUGGACCCUGCCACCCUUGAGCGUUGCCUCCGCUUUGCCAAGAAUCACCUGGAGUCUCCCGAUCAAGAGGAAUCCUCGCCGGACGCCGUGUGGGCCACCAUGAACCACUUUGCGGAACGCUAUCACAGCGAAAAUCUGUCCGAAUUCGCCGAGACCUUCAAGCAGCUGGGCAAUGUGGUGCUGACUCACCCGAUCUGUGUGAACCACCCGCUGCAGAAUCUGCAUUGGCGCCUCAUCGACUUUAUGCUAUCGGUGGCCUAUAGGGCCGUUCAGACGGCCCGUCGCCAUUUUAGGGAAAUGGAUCAGAAGCGUAAGAACAUCCUGGAGGCUCUCACGCUGGCCACCGAAAGUUCAGAUGUUGCCAGCGAAGAAAUAAAAACAAGUGAUUCAGAAAUUGGUAAGUUAUCUAAGGAUGAGUAUCAGUUGUCUUUGGAUGAAAAGAUUUUGGAGGAAAAGUCCCAGAGUUCGAGGACGCUUGUUAACUCGGUUAACUCGAUUAAUCCUCCACUUUCGGAACCGGAACCAAUUUCAUCAUUGGAAACCUAUUCUACUUUUGGAAAACCUCUCCCCUACAAUAAACUUGUUCGAGAAAACUUUGCCUUAAAAGAUGCCCAAAUGGAGCUUGAACUGAAACUCUCUCAGUUUGAAUCAACGGCCGAGAGACCCACGAGGGUUAAUCGCUACAAAGAAUCGAAUAAUUUGCUUUCCCGUAUUCAAACUCCCUGGUGGCAAGUGGAGGUCCAUGUCUAUCAUAAGCCGCAAAUUCUGGCCAGUAAUUUUAGCCAGAGUUAUGGAGAUUAUUUAAUCUAUCAACUCAGGGAAAAUCGCCAUUCGGUGGGAAAAAUGAGCGAAGAGCAUCAGUUGUUGAAUGAACUCAUUAUUCUUUUCUUUGCAAACGUAAAUAGUAGAUAUUUUGAAGUGCUGGAUGACAAAAUGGAGCUAAGACCAGAUGAACCACGCUCUUGUGCCCUCAAACAUUUACUAGAAAAUGCCCACUUCGGUGAGAUUAUUAGCUCUAUUAAGCAGAUGCGUUAUCUAAGGGAGUUCAUAGAGACCCAUGGCAUAAAGAUAGUAUGUGAUGAUCGCUUGGAGACCCUCUCCUUUUUCAGUGUAGCCCUAAGACGACUUCUUCGACCUGUGAUGGAAUUCCUGGUUUAUUUCAAGAGGCGCUUGGCAACGGGUAUUGAAACCCCCACCCUAAAACACUUUGCAGAUACUUCAAGGGGUCUCUUAAAAAGUAUUAGGUGGCUGUAUGAACUCUGCAAGGAAACUAGUGAAGAACAGCCUUCAUUGAAAGGUUUAAAAGUUUUGAACACCCUAUUCACACGGUGCUCCAGAAAUAUUCACCCCAAAAUCCUGCGAUCCCUAAGCGCCUCCUUACUCCUGCACUCCCUGGAGGCCUACUGUCGUUUUUUGGAUAGCUGGUGGUCUACGGGGGAAUUCAACGAUUGGCACGAGGAGUUUCCCUACCAAAGAAUCGAAAUCGAAAGACGAACCGAGUAUGAAUUAAGAACCGUAUGGGUAGGGAUACCAAAUAAGGAUAUAUUUCAUAUCAUUCAAAGGCAUAUUUCCGCGUCCAGUGAAGCUGUGGCCAUUCUCUACGAUACCCGAAAGAUGGGUGACUUCAACUUUUGUCACAAAAUCAAACCGGAAAUAUCCCUGUAUAAUUUAUUAAUGGCAGCGGUUUUAAGGGAACUGGCUCAUUAUCAAACUGAGAAAGUAGAGGAGGUAUUCUAUGCCCCGGAUAUCCUGGAGCAGUUAAAGUCCACCGAUGACGAUGUAGUUCGUCGGUUGUUCUACUCACUUUACAUGGAAACUCGACCGGAUCCGAGGAAGCCCGCAGCUUAUUCGAUUCAGGAGUUACUGAGAAACUUUCAGGCCUGUGCUCACUACACUCCUAUAAAGGAUAUCAUCUCGCAGGAGCUGAAAAGAUUACUAAACCGCCGAAGCCUCUUGGCCAACUCUUAUGUCUCUGAGAUGGUAACUGAUUUUAGGAUGGGAAAAAUGGUAAAACACCUGCGAAAUGUUUUUCUUCUCUCAAACUAUGAUCUGCUCCGUAAUGAGUUUGAGUUGUUCUUUGAGUAUCUUGAAAGAAAUCAAAUGUUAGAAGCCUCUGAUAAAUUAAGGGAUAUCGUCCGCUCCCAGGAUCCCAAGCUGGGUUAUUUAUUUCACGUCUCUAUGACCAAACGACAUCCCGAAUUAAUGCGUCUCAUGGUCUACGACCCUUUACUCAAUCGUGUGAUUAGCCAGGAGCAAAUCGAACAGAUGAACAACUGCUUUCGUCUCAUAUUGAACAUGCAUUUUUCACUAUAUCAACUGAAUAAGUUACCUCCCUUCGAUAACUCAAAGCAACAGCGAUUGGUUAAAAUUUUCCAAUCUCUGAAAGAUUCUCUAGUUUCCGUGCUCAGGGAACAGCUAUCACAUCUUAAUUAUAUGAAACAAGUUCUACAGGAACUUUAUUCUUUCAAACUUGGAUUAAAUGAGUUUACCUCUUUGACUGAGCUUAGAAAAAAUCAAACAAGGUUCAUAAUUAAAUUAAGAGAAUUCUUGAGUGACGAAUCUAAAGGAUGCAAAUGCUGCUUGGAGGAGCUCCUUAGUCUGUGCAAAGUGCUCUGGUAUCGAUGGCAAAGGGUCCACGUCCUUAUAAACGAUUAUUAUAGGCAGAAACCGAAAAACGUUUUCGACAUAAAGUAUGAGUGGAUGAGGUACAAUUACGUGCACUGCACUUUAAAAAAAAUCCAGGCUUUAAAAUCCGUCCAUUUUAUUCACUAA